UACCAUAAAUAUUUAGAUAAGAGAGUGUGUAUGCAUUUUUUAAAAAUCGCAACAAUAUAAGACGUAAUUAUACUUUUAUAAAACGUAAAAAAGGUGCAUGUAACUUUACUGCUCUUUAGUUUCUUAUUGAAAUUCUUUGAAAAUUAAAUACUUGUAAGUAGAAAACCAUAAAAAUUAUCUUUGUAAUUUAUCUUAUUGAUAUCUGUAAGCUUGGUUUGUACCGCCAUUUUGUAUUCAGCAAGUUAGUGAGAAUACAUGCAUCUAACACAUGGUAACAUUAAAAUUCAGAAUACGAAUUUGAGAUGUUGAUAAUUCGUGUUUUAUAUAACAGAAAAGGACAUACAUACAUUUAAAGUCAAAAUGACGCAGGAUGAAACGAUUAUGACAAAGAUACAGAAGGUAGAAGAUACAUUAAAUGAAUCCAUGUACAAAGUGGAUGUGUUGAAAAAAAGACUGAAGACGAAAUUGCUCACAAUGGAAACUCGUGAGGAAUUAGAGUCGAAACUGGAAGAAAUUCAGGAGGUACUUGUAAAAAAUGAAGAGAAAUUAAAAAGCUUAAGGAGACAAAAUACAAAGUCAUUCAUGGUAGCAGCAAGCAUGAUUUUUGCAUGUUUUCUGCUCUAUGGUUUAUAUGUAUUAUUUUAUGGAACGAUAUAAAUUAACAUUCCUAAAUCA